AUAUAUAUAUAUAUAUAUAUAUAUAUAUAUAUAUAUAUAUAUAUAUAUGUAGGUGAGUGUGCAUGUGUGUAUGUGCGUGAGUGCGUGCAUAUGUGUGUGUGUUAUUCUUCUGAUUCUCAUGUCUCUUCAUGAAAGAAAACAGGAAGCUAGUUUCAGUUGGUUUACGAAAUCUGUUCAACACAACAGUUCAGAGAAGGAAAUACAAAGAUCUACAAAUAUAUUUUGAGCUGUGAGUUGGUGAAGGACGAUGGCAUCUGUUAAAGAGCUGCUUGUGAACUCACUGAAGGAGUUGGUAGAAGCUGAACUGAAGGAGUUUCAUUGGCACUUAAUGAAUGCAUAUCAUAAGCAUAUACCAAAAUCUGAAAUGGAAAAGGCAGAUAUAUUCAACACAGUGGAUAAGAUGGUGGUGUGUUUUGGACCAGAAGAAGCUGUGAAGAUCAUGGUGGACAUUCUGAAAAAGAUGAACCAAAAUGAUCUGGCUAAACAGUUGGAGAAUGAACAAAAGCAAGCUCAGACUGAGGGCUAUAGGAACACAACUGUCCCUGUUGGAGAGCUGCAAAACUUCUUGAAAACUCACAAAAACAACAUAAAGAGGAAAGCAAAAUAUAUUUUUGAGGGCAACAAAGAAAAGGACACAGAUCUCAAGGCUGUUUACACAGAACUGUUCAUCACAGAGGGAGAUAUGGAAAAUGUCAAUCAGGAACAUGAGAUUCUGAAGAUUGAUGAUAUUUUCAAGAACAAAAAAACACAUGACAAACCAAUCAAAUGCAAUGAUAUAUUUACUGAGCUGAGGAAAAACAACGAGGAGAAGAUUGUGUUGACCAAGGGAGUUGCGGGCAUUGGAAAAACAGUCUCUGUGCACAAAUUCAUCCUGGACUGGGCAGAAGGAAACACCAAUCAGGAUAUAGACUGUGUGUUUCUGCUUCCAUUCAGAGAGAUCAAUGUGAUUAAAGACAGAGAGGUCAAUCUCCAUGAGUUUCUGCUGAAAUUUUAUCCUGACUUAAAAGAUCUGGAGAAAUCAAUGUUAUAUAAGGAAUGUAAGCUUGCAUUUAUAUUUGAUGGACUUGAUGAAAGUCGACUACUAAUGAACUUUAAAAGUGAAACAAUAAACACUGUUGCGGAAAGAGCAUCUGUAGAUGUGCUGUUUACAAGUCUGGUCAAAGGUACGCUGCUUCCAUCAGCUCUCGUCUGGGUGACAUCACGACCAGCAGCAGCCAAUCAGAUCCCUCCACGAUGUGUGGGUUUGUUCACAGAGGUGAGAGGGUUCACUGAUGAUCAGAAGGAGCAGUACUUCAGAAAAAGAAUCACAGAUGAGACUCAGGCCUCCAGAAUCAUCUCACACAUUAAGAUGUCUCGUAGUCUCUACAUCAUGUGCCACAUUCCUGUGUUCUGCUGGAUCACAGCCACAGUACUUCAAGAUAUUCUCACUGAGAACACUGCAGAGAACAUCAGCACAACACUCACUGAAAUGUACAUUCACUUCCUGUUAAUACAGAUGAACAUGAAAAGCCAGAAAUAUGAUGAGCAAGAUGAAAUAGAACGUACAGAGCAUCUGCAAUUAAACAGAGAGUUGAUUUUGAAGCUAGCCAAGUUAGCAUUUAAACAGCUGAAAAAGGAAAACAUUGUGUUCUAUAAGGAAGAUCUGGAAGCAUGUGGUAUUUAUGUGAGUAAAGACACUGAGUUCACAGGAAUGAUUGCGGAGAUCUUUAGGAAGGAAGAUGGACUUUAUAAGACAAAGGUCUUCUGCUUUGUGCAUCUGAGUGUUCAAGAGUUCCUCGCUGCAGUGCAUGUGUUCAUCUGCUACCUCAACAAAAACAUGCGAGAGCUUCGGUUUUUCUUUGAAGAUUCGCAAACUACAGCCAGGCAAAGGCUUAAGUUCUUUUUUAGAUUUGUCAAAUUUUAUGACUUAACAAAGAGAGCAACUGAUAAAGCAAUGCAGAGUAAGAGAGGACACCUGGAUCUGUUCCUACGGUUUCUGUUGGGAAUUUCACUGGAAUCAAGUCAAAACCUGCUCAAAGGCCUGAUCACACACACUGAAGACACCAGUGUGAGCAUCAGAAAAAUAAGUGCACACAUUAAACAAUUACAAAAAGAGGACAUCUCAGAUGAAGCUUCAGUCAACCUAUUUUAUUGCUUACUUGAGCUCAAAGAUCAUUCAUUAAAUGAGGAAAUCCAGAGUUACCUCACUUCAGAAGAACAUCCAGAAAGAAAACUCUCAUCUUCAAUGUGCACAGUGCUGACCUAUGUACUGCUGAUGUCAGAGAAGGUGCUGGAUGAGUUCAAUCCAAAGAGGUUCACGUCACCUUUAAACUACAAGAGACUCAUCCCAGCUGUGAGAUGCUGUAGAAAAGCAUUAUUUGAUGGCUGUGAUUUUGAUGAAACAUGCUGUGAAACUGUGUCUUAUGCUCUACAAUCGUCAAACUCCCAUUUGACAGAGCUGGACCUGAGUUGCAAUUGUCUGCGGGAUUCAGGAGUGAAGCUGCUUUAUGGUGGACUGAAGAGUUCACACUGUCGACUAAACACAUUGAGGCUAUGUGGCUGUAAUCUCACUGCUCAGUCUUGUGAGAGUUUAUCAUCAAUUUUAAAAUCCUCGAAUUCUGUCCUGAGAGAGCUGGACCUGAGUAACAAUGACCUGCAGGAUUGUGGAGUGAAGCUUCUCUCCGAUGGACUGAAGAAUCCAAACUGUCAACUGGCGCUUCUGAGAUUUUCUGUAUGUAAUCUCACUGCUCAGUCCUGUGAGAGUUUGUCAUCAGUUUUACAAUCCUUAAACUCCAAUCUGAGAGAGCUGGAUCUGAGUAACAAUGACCUGAAGGAUUCAGGAGUAGAGCUUCUUAAUGGACUGAAGAGUCCAAACUGUCAGCUGGAGAGACUGAGGCUGUGUGGCUGUAAUCUCACUGCUGAGAUCUGUGGAACGUUGUCAUUAGAUCUACAAUCCACAAAUUCCUGUCUGAGAGAGUUGGACCUGAGUAACAAUGACCUGCAGGAUUCUGGAGUGAAGCUUCUUUCUGAUGGACUGAAGAGUCCAGCCUGUCAGCUGGAGAGACUGAGCCAUGUGGAGGCGCAAGCGGCAUACCACCCACAUCAACGUAAACAAAGCAGCGAGACUUGACUGCAUUGUUUAUCUCGGCUACUUGCAUCUUGUUACUGGAAAAAGACGUGCUGUGAGGAGUAAGAUUUAUAUUUCCCUCAGAGGAAGAGCGCAAUGCGACGCACGGCGAGAUCCACCGAAAGAGUAAGUCUUUCUUUUAUUAGCCUACUUACCUUAGUUGUUGUGUUACUGUGACAUAACUUGUAGACAUUAUAGUAGUUAAAUUUUUUCCAAACUAUAAUUCCUGACUACAUGUGCAAUCAAGUGAAACGUUAUGAAUAAUGUUUCAUUUCAUUGCAUCGAAAUGUUUCACGACACCAGGAUGUUUUUAAAUGUUCUAUAAAAUAAAAAUGACGCAAUAUAAAAGUAAUAGUGUUUACACUGUAACACUGAAUGAUAAAGUCUAAGAUUGUUUAGGCAAAUCUACUGUCAUAUACUCUGUUCACGAAUAGAUGUUUAUGACUGGCUUAACAAUAAUAAAUUUGUUUCCCAGACAUGAAAUGGUUUUGUAUUGUAUAAUACAUACAAAACAUGCUUGUGUUUAUGACUGUAAAUUUAUUUAUUUAUUUAUCUAUCUAUCGUAUAACAAUAGGAUAAUAUUAGUUUAUUAUUAAUACUCUGUUCAUGAAUAGAUGUUUAACGUGCUAAACAAUAAUAAUUAUUUUUUAUAUAUAAUUUAAAUGCCAUUUUUUAAAGAUAGUAUAUGUGAGUCUAUGACUACAAAAUCAAACUAUAUGUAAAUAUUACAGAUGCUCCUGAUAUUAACAUGCUCACACAUUUUAUUUUUAUUUUUUUCCCCUAGUGAUCUGAUACCUGCACCACAGAUGAAUGCUACAUGAAUGGCACAUGACGAGUCCUGUACCAACAUCAGAUGUUCAACUACACUGAUUUUUUUUGUAAAACAAUUUCCUGGACUACUGAUGAUGAGUUUUGAAGCAGCAAUCACUUAAAUAUCAGGUAUAAUUUACUUGUUUCACUUGUUGAACAGAAUCCAGAAAACAGUUUUCAGGAAUGACAUAAAGUCUCUUCACGUCUCUAUGGUUAGAUCAGUGUAGUCAAUAAUGUGCUUUUGACCUUUAUUAUGUAUGUUUUAAUGAU